UAAUGUAUUUUUAGAGAGGAAGAAGAUGGAAAGUAAUGCUGUUCUUCUGGAAUCCAAAUCCUCACCCAUCAACCUUCUGAAUGAAAUGCACCAGCUGCGUCUCCUGGGUCACCUUUGUGAUGUCACCGUGAGUGUAGAAUAUCAAGGUGUCAGAGCUGAGUUUGUUGCUCACAAAGCUGUACUGGCAGCCACAAGCAAGUUCUUCAAAGAGGUCUUUCUUAAUGAAAAUGGCAUGGAUGGACUAAGGACCAUUGUGUUACUGAAUGAAGUCCAGGUAGCUGACUUUGCCUCUUUUCUGGAGUUUGUUUAUACUGCCCGGGUAGAGGUAGAAGAAGAUCGGGUACAGCGCAUGCUGGAAGUGGCUGAGAAACUGAAAUGUUUAGAUUUGUCAGAGACUUGUUUUCAGUUAAAAAAACAAAUGCUUGAAUCGGUGUUGCUGGAAUUGCAAAAUUUUUCUGAGUCACAGGAUCCCGGUGAGGAUGGCAGGGCUCAUCCUAGCACUUUAAUUGAGCCCAAAACUGUGACUGAACCACAAGGGGACAAUGUGGAUUAUUUUGCAAGUUCUGCCCUCAGAAGACCCAGGACUGGGCCGGACCUCGAGUCCACCACCCUGAAAUUAAAGGAAAAGUUGGACAAAAAAAAAGAAGCCCUGAAGCCCCCCUGUGCCAAAAUCAGGCGGGCGAGUGGCAGGUUGGCUGGCAGAAAAGUCUUUGUGGAGAUACCCAAGAAGAAGUACACAAGGCGCCUGCGAGAGCAACAGAAGUUUGCUGAAGCUGUUGUGGAGGAGAGCUGGCUUUCCAAAGACCAGGGCCCCCGUGAAAAGGGUGGGGGCGAGGAGGAGGAGGAGGAGGAGAAAGAUCAAGUGUUGAGCAGUGUGAAGCUAGAGGAGAAAGGGCCUGAUGGUGCUGAGGACCACCGGGAAGAAAACCUGACUAAACUGGAGGAGGAUAAAAAGAACCGCAGUGGCAACUUUACUUGCAGUACUUGUGAGCGGGAAUUCCUCUACGAGAAGAGCUUUCUGAAACACAUCAAGCAGAGCCAUGGCAUCGCAGCCGAAAUCAUUUACCGUUGCGAAACCUGCGGCCAGACUUUUGCCAACCGGUGCAACCUCAAAAGCCACCAGCGCCACGUCCACAGCAGCGAGCGCCACUUCCCAUGCGAGCUCUGUGGUAAGAAGUUCAAGCGCAAGAAGGACGUCAAGCGGCACAUUCUGCAGGUUCAUGAGGGUGGUGGGGAGCGUCAUCACUGCCUCCAGUGUGGAAAGGGUUUGAGCUCCAAAACGGCCCUGAGGCUUCAUGAAAGGACACACACAGGCGACAAGCCUUAUGGGUGCACAGAGUGUGAGGCUAAGUUUUCUCAGCCUUCGGCACUUAAAACACACAUGAGAAUCCACACAGGCGAAAAACCAUUUGUUUGUGAUGAUUGUGGAGCAAAAUUUACACAAAAUCACAUGCUUAUAUACCAUAAAAGGUGCCAUACAGGAGAGCGGCCUUUCAUGUGUGAGACAUGUGGGAAGAGCUUUGCCUCCAAGGAGUAUUUGAAACACCAUAAUCGAAUCCACACUGGAUCCAAGCCCUUUAAAUGUGAAAUUUGCUUCAGGACAUUUGCGCAGAGGAAUUCACUCUAUCAGCACAUCAAAGUUCAUACAGGUGAGCGUCCAUACUGCUGUGAUCAGUGUGGCAAACAGUUUACUCAACUCAAUGCUCUGCAACGUCAUCAUCGGAUCCACACAGGAGAGAAGCCAUUCAUGUGCAAUGCCUGUGGGCGGACAUUUACCGACAAGUCUACUCUUCGGCGUCACACCUCAAUUCAUGAUAAGAACACACCCUGGAAGUCUUUCCUUGUAGUUAUUGAAGGUGCUUCAAAGAAUGAUGAGGAUCAUAAGACUGAGGUUCCUGAUGAGGAAUACGAUGAACCUCGUCCCAAGUUAUCAGAAAAGCUGCUGCCAUUCUCUGAGAAUGGGCACUAUCAAAGUUUGAUGGCUGUUCAAGACAGCAUGACUGUCGGGCAUGAAAAUGGAUCUUCCUCUGUAACAGACUGUAAAUUGAGGCCUGUAGGGGGGUCCCAAGAAGCCCCCAUAGCUACAGCUUUGCAUGAUCUGACAGUGUUGCACGCCCAGACAGACUCACUUCAGCCGCCUCUUCACAACUUGGUGAACACGGAAUAGGUUGCAUCAGUUGAGUGGAGAAGUUCCACAAGGGAAAAGUUACUUUAUAUUGUGUAAAACUAAAGUAGUACAGUAACCUGUAAAAAAAAGGUGCUGUUAGAAUCCUGUGCUCUACCCAAAUUAGUUGAAUUUAAAUGGAUGAAGUCAGUACUUAGCCCAUUUGUCAAAGAGAAAAGUGCUCUCUUUAUGUUUUAUCUGCAUAAUGUAAAGUAGGGUCCAGAUCACAGUCACUAUAAAAGGAAAUGCAGGUUCUGUUUGAGUCCAGAUUUUUCUUUUUUUUCCUUUUCUUCUGGGCAUUAUAUCCUGUUAGUUUCCUUUUUAAAGAAAUAUCUUAUUUAACAUUGUUUUCAUAUUGUAUGCAGAAGAAUGUGAAAUAGUGCACCACAAUCUCUCUCUCUGUGGGUCUAAUACAUUAUGCAGUAUAAUUUUUUUUCAAAGAAAUCUCAGAUGGUAGGAAAUACCUAGCACUGUUUUUGUAAACUGCAGAACUGCUUUUCUGAUGGAAUUCAGAAAAAUCACCCUUUGAAUCCAACUAUGCCCCCUUGGCUGUUGCAAUGAAGUCCUGGAUUUCUCCUCCCUCAAUUAACCCUUUUGCACCUGUCAAAAAUCUGCAGCCAAUCAAUGCUUUGGCUGUUCUCCAGAACUGAUGUGUACAAUCACCACAAAGGGCGAGAAAGGGAAAACCACCUUGUUUGUCCCUACAAUUUGGAUUUUGACAUAGCUUUGUAAAAGAAAUGGAGCACCCUUAAAAUAAUGUAAUCAAUAUAACAGAUUACUUCUUUUUUUGUGGGGAGGGGGUGUACUUGGAAACAGGUUUUUAAAAAAUUGCAGCUUUGUUCUAGAUCUAAAUUCUUCAGUCCCUACUGAUCUGUCCAUUUGAUAGUGAUGUCUACUACAGAGGUAAGGAACUGAAAGCUUUCCAUAGAUAAUGCUAAAUUACAGGUCACAGUGCCAACCAGCAUUCGUAUUAAUGAGACUUGAGAAUUGUUAUCUGGCAACAUCUAGAGAUUUAUAGGUUCCCAACCUGUUUUAUAAAUUCAUCAUCUUAAUGGCAUCCACCUAGGUGUCUUCUCACUGCUGUACAUUCUUUUCCCAGAAUCUCUCUUUAGAAGGUACUGCACAUGGUUCUUGGUUCCCCCACCCCCCGCCUGCCAGAAGUUAUUUCCCAGUUGCUGCUGUGUUCUACUUACUGGUAUUUGCGUAUGGAGAAGAGUGUUCUAUAUCUUGAAAAAAUGCACGGGCAGAACAGAUUGCUCCAAGAUGUUAAAAAUGGUGUCUUUUUAAAGAUGGGACACAUCUUGUUGUAGAUAAUUUAUUGUAUAUUUUCUUGCUUUGCCCCAUUAUAUUAAUAUUUUGAAUUAAGAAAGUUAAAAUCAUCAGAUUUCUGGCAGUGGUACCUGAAAUAUUCUGGAUGUAAUUUUCCUGCUUUGGAUUUAUGUCUGCACGAAACACGUCCAUCUCUUGUGGCAAAUUAAGUUAUAAUUUUGGCUGACAUUCUAAGCAAUGCAAAAGAGAAAUUUAGAUAGGAAGACCUAUUUGCAAACCUGUAGAUUUUUACAAAUAUAUUCACCCAAUUAUGUUUCAGUGCUCAUAGCUCAGGAAACCCUGCAGUGUAACCAAGAUAAAAUAGUUGCUCCAAAUGUGAAAGUAAGUUUCCUAUAUCACACAGAAUGCAGGAUGAAAACUUUUAACUCAAAAAGCAUCAGUAAUGUGCCUUUUUUACUUUUAAAAUCAGGAAAUAAGAAGUGCCAAAGCCUAUGUGAAUCUGAAAUUCCACCUAUAUCCUGAAUUUGCUAGUAUUCUGGGUUUUAAUUGUUAUAUUCAGAAACUAUGCUUAGUAUUAUUUAAGACUUCAAAAAAUACCAACUUGUUGUAUGUUUCUUUCCAAAUCACAUGUAUUGCGAAUUUCGUGGUGUCUUUCUACAUUGGGGAACUAAGGUGUAAGUUAAAGCGUUGCAGUUUCUGUCAUUCCAUGUGCACUCCCAAAUUUUCUUUGGAAGUUUGUGGGAACCUUAAAAGAUGCAGCAGCUUUCAGAGAGCUACAAGAUGCAGAAGACAACAAAGUAGGGGGAAAUCCCCUUUCGAAAGUAGAAAUCUGCUCACAAAAGAUUUAUUAUCAAUCUUUUUAGGCAUUUUCUGCCCCUUUGAGAAAUUGGUGCAACUAGUAAUGUGUGUGUUGGGCCCUGGACUCUUCAUGACAAAAGAAUGUGGUAAAUUUGAGAGAGGCACAAUUGUUUUGUCUUAAGGGACAGGAUUUUCACAGAAGUUAUCUUGGCAUGCAAGAUACCAUUUUCCUCAAGGCAUUUGUGGAUAAAGAGAAUAUGCCAGCUGCUUUUACUCCGUUACUUUUCAAAGUUGAUUUAUUCUUGCGAUUUUGAAUAUUGGUUGUACCCUUUGGUAAAGUUUUGGAUUCGUUUAGUUGUGCAUCCUCAAAAUUUCCUCUUUCCUUACAUCAACUUCAAAAUCACUUUGUAGAGGGGAGGAAUAAUUUAGGCCAACUUUUCUAUAUUUGCUUUUCAAAUUCUUGCCCCAAUAUUUUAUUUGUUCAGAAGGAAAAGCAAUAAAAAGUUCCUAUAUAUAAUUUUUUAAAGGUAAACUCUGUAGUAAGAGCUUUAUGUCAUUUCUUCCGUUUGGUAAAAUGAAUGUUUUUAGAAAUACUAUCCAGGGGUUAUAUUUACAUAUUUAUUUUGUAUACCAUGUGCUCCUUUUGACUUGCAUUUUAAUGACCAGUUGCAAUACAUUUGUAGGGUAUAUUUCAACCUUAAGUACCGAUAGGGAUCAUUAUUUUAUACUGUAUAAAUAUGUGAAAGUAGAUGGACUUAAAUAAAUUGAUUGGCCUUAUUGAAAAAUUAAA